AUGGCGUUCCCCGACGCGGAGGAACAACCCGCUUGCCCGGCAGCACCUGCAUCCUCUACUUUGUUGCGCCGGAAGCGCCAAGUGCAAUUUGAUAACUCGACGACUUCGUCGGCUCCGCCUUCUUUGUCUCGUACUCCCUUGCCCCCCACCAUCAUCACUUCAACCAGCAAGCUAUCAGGCACUGUCGCAGUUGUCAUCCCCGCGGGAGCAGUCGCCUUCGGCGGACCCGGUGGUGGUCUUGCCUCGUUCGGAGGCGUCGUUGUCCCAGUCCCCGAAAGACAGACAGUCAGCGACCCUUCGAAGGAUCCCCAAGAGUCCGCACCCGAGGAGCCCACAAACACCCCUCGCCAGACUCAAUCACCAACAACGAGCUCGAAGCCUGUCAGCAGUUCCGCGCCCUGUAAUAAGCCCGCGGAGAAGACAUAUAAGCCAGCCGUUGAGAAUGUCUGCGGGGACUGGUCUGGCAUGAACCAGACAGCUUUCAAGCCUCUUAUUGCAGGCAUUUCUCUCGUAGACUGGGAGGGUGCCCCCGUUGUCUCGACUACGUCCAUCUUGGAGACCGUGCAAUUAACCACCAUGGUGGUGACAAGCACCCAGCGCUUCACUCAACGCAACUUCAACAAUCAAAACAACAAGCAAAACAAACAACUGCCAGAAAUCUGCCCGCGAGCAAUUCAACUUCGAGGCUGA